UUCGCGCACGUUCGAAGGUGGUGGUUUUGGUGGUUUUGGAACCAGGGAACAAGCCUUUGUGCUCUCUUCCUCCCCGAAGAACGCACUCAUUUAUAGCGCAGACAGCUUACUCGGUCUGUGUCCCUUUAUCCUGUCAGGUCUUGCGGUGUACCCUUUAUCAAUGCACAGUGAAGCAGUUCGCUCUAGUGCAGACAAACAGACGUGAUUGAAGUAGAUCACAGAAGCCUCAUGGUAUAAAUUUCGGUCUAUGGGACUCCGAAAUAACUAUGAAUGUUCCGGUGUUACUCGCAAGAGGCUCAUGGGUCUAGUUUCACUUGCAGACAUGGAGAGGAGAAUUCUGUGGAGUUCAGCAAACAGCAAGACGAGAGUUCUGAGUUGAAUUUACAAGAAGUGGGAGAGUGGAAGCAAAGCAGCCCGAGUAGUCUGUCUCUGUUCUCGCGGAGUCCUUCCAUUAAGCGAAGUCAUUUUUCAUGGCCUCGAUUUUAAAUUAUUCUUUCCCGUCU